AUGAAAUACGAAACCUAUGCACAGUUGAACGCUGUUGUAUCUCAGUUUGAUGAUGUCUCAAAGAAGAUGUCAAGGAGCAUGCGAUAUUUCAACGGACCAUUCGGAGCUUUCAAAUUUACGGAUAGUCCGGUAUUGCCUGAACCAAUCCCAAUUAGCGAAAGUGCUCAGAUACUGCCUGUGAAGCGCUCUAUUGCGACCUCGAUGGAUAUCGAUGAAAUUUCCAAGAGCGAUUCACCAGAGUUGAGCUCUGACUCAAUCUCUGAACCUAUAAAAAAUCUAGACUCAGAUAAACUCGAGCCAGAAACCUCUAUCUUUUCCAAAACAGACAAUACCUACGUCCAUUACGCUCUUUUAGAUUCCGCGAAGCUCACCACUUUAGCUAUUAAAGGCCCCAAGUAUAAAUUCUCGGAGCAGAGUAUGUUUCAUAUAUUGUACCCUAAUUUUUUCCCGAAUAUUGAUCCCGAUGAUUGGAAGCCAAACAUGAAUGUCAUGUUGCGGUAUUUUAAGCAUUCCACAUCUUUUCCAAACGGCGUUGAGAUCCACCCAUUAUUGACGACAGCGACCCAGCAAUUGAAUGGCUCAUCAAUGGCAUUUACAAGAGUUGUGUACGAAAGAAACCAAUGGGAUACCUAUGUAUUACCGCUUAUCAAACAAAUACUCUUUGAGUUGAUAUGCGAGGAGUUUCCUACGUCAAACAGCUGGAGAACGCACCACAUUCCCAAAGAUGCUAGUGAUAUUCCUAGAGCGCUACUUCUUAAGAACUUACGCUUAGGUAUCAUGUUCAUGUGUUUGGCUACAAGUGAAUUUCGCAGGUCGCUGGAGUUCGAGAAGAAAAAUGUCAAUAAUGACGAGAAAUCAUAUUUCAUGGACGAUGAGCUUAAAGCGUCUAUCGAGAUGAGAAAAAUUGGAAUCAAUAUCUUGAAUUACCAUUUGGAUGAGUACGACAAUAAUUCUCGAUUUCCUCAGAUAGACAAUUACGAGACGUAUUUAUUGUUGGCACUUUUACUUCAGAUUAAUCUUGAUGAUCUUUUUGGAGUAUAUGAAAACUACGAACUUAUAUUUGCCAUCGGCGACUUUCUUAUCAAGAGCAGGUUGAAAAUGGUCGAGCGCAAGUUAACUACCCUUGACAAGUAUCUCCGAAGUGUGUUUGAGAUUCUACAAAUCUUUUACAGCUCCACUCAGGCUGUAACUUUGUUCAAUUACGAGAUUCCGGAAAAGGACCGACAACAACGGUAUCAGGACUUAGACGAGAAUUACGAUCUCACAAAAGACCUCUCUGAUGUCGAACUGUAUGAUUCAACUAGUGAAGAAAGUGAUAAUCUAGAAGGGGGUGAAAGACCUAAGAAUAUUCAGGUGGCUUCUGCCGGUAUUAGUGAUGAGCAACAGCCAUUCUCAUUUACGGUAUACUUUGGUGAAAAGCGAGGUUCUGAUAGAAGGAGAGAAAGUAAGGAUUCUGGCCAACCGCCAAGGAGAAGCAUGAUUCAUCUGAGCUCGAGUCCCAUCUUUCCUGAAGUUGGUGACAGAUCUGUUUAUGUCUCAUACGGUUUGCCCAAAUCCUUGUUGCAAUUACUCCAUGAAGUUGUUCAACUCACGAAUCACAAACGUGUCUUCCAAACUCAGCACUAUUUUCCAAGAAACUUUCCUCGGGUGUGCGCUGAUGUGGAGGACAAAAUAUUAAAUUGGAACGUCGAAAGCUACUGGAAAUUAUACGACAAUGAAUUCGACACAAUUACCAACCGAGCCACGAAAAAUUUCCCUUCUUCGUUCCAUGAAGGUUUGUAUUAUAACGUUAUGAGUGUUUACAAUGCACUCAAGGUGUACUUCAAGCGUUUGAUUCCGGUAAGUGCUCUUCAUGCAACCCAAGACUAUGUUAGAGCGAGCUUGAAUGCUAUGGAAAAGCUCCUCAAACUUUCCGAGGAGCUGAAAGCCAAGAAUGACCCCUAUUCAUUCUUGCCUUCAUUUUGGCCUCUCCUUAUCUGUGGAUGUGAUAUAGACAUUAAGUCAAACGAAGACUUACAAAUACAGUGCCGCAAGCUAUGGAGUCACAACAUAUUUCGGAAGCACAAUUAUUGGAGAUCAAAGCAAAUGCUAUUUGAGGUAUGGAAACGUCGUUCCGAGGGUGAAGAAGUGGAAUUCAUGGAUCUAGUGCGAGAGUGGAAUGUUGUAUUAUGCUUGGGCUGA